AAUCUAAGAAACGACGACUCUGCGAAGAGUCAUCGUUCAUUGCGUUUAAGAUGUGUCGUCUCUCUACGCGGUCGUCUUCUAUGUACGUCACGCUGUAAACCCUACUGACUUCGCCUGCAGGUGGACUGGUCGGGUUAGCGAUAGUUGUCCAACCGGCUGACAGAAGUAACAGAGGCAGCGGAGACUUUUCUGUCAUUAUUAACAGUUUGACCGCUUGACUGACUAGCUCCAUCUGGAUAGCUUCAGUGUUGUGGUCGGGGAGAUUAAACGAAAUCUAAUUUGAUGCGGGAAAAAGCCACCGAUCGCUAGACACCCUCCACCUGUUAUUUGCUACAACGAGGGGGCUAAGUUAGCUAACGUCAACGUUACUGCUGACUUUUAGCUCACAUAAGCUAAUUGUGACAGUUUCUGCCCCUGGUGCGUAUUAUAGCAAGGUUGUCAAGAUGCUGCAGUGAGUGAUGCACCGCGUGUUGAUAUUAAUAAUGGCCAUUUGGGGGGCGGAAGGAUGCUCCAAUUCAGAGAGCUGCCCGACAUCCCCGCCCAAUUCCACCAAGGACUACUGUUACUCGGCCAGAAUUCUAAGUACAGUACUCCAGGGCUUGCCUUUCGGGGGGGUACCAACUGUCCUUGCCCUUGAUUUUAUGUGCUUCUUGGGGCUGCUGUUUGUGUUCUCCUUCUUGAGAAAAGUAGCAUGGGACUACGGGCGCCUCGCUUUGGUGACCGACGCUGACAGACGAAUGGAUCAACGGUACAGUCGCCUGGAUGAUCGGGAAUAUGUGGCCUCUGCCAUGACAUCAGAGACACCUGAACGCUACGAACGCCUCACAUCAGUUUCCAGCUCUGUGGACAUUGAUCAGAGAGACACAGGUUUCUGUUCCUGGCUAACUGCUAUCUUCCGCAUCAAGGAUGAAGAGAUAAGGGAGAAGUGUGGUGAGGAUGCAGUACAUUACUUGUCCUUUCAGCGCCACAUCAUUGGCCUGCUGGUAGUGGUGGGCGUGCUCUCAGUGGGCAUCAUCUUGCCUGUUAACUUCUCGGGAAACCUACUUGAAAACAACGCCUAUAGUUUUGGGCGAACCACUAUAGCAAAUUUGGAUGCUGAUAAUACACUACUGUGGCUGCAUACCACCUUUGCAUUUCUCUACCUGUUACUGACGGUGUAUAGCAUGAGACGGCACACCUCCAAGAUGCACUACAAGGAGGAUGACCUGGUAAAACGCACUUUAUUUGUCAAUGGAAUCUCCAAAUAUGCAGAGGAGACUGAGAUAAAGCAACACUUUGAGCAUGCAUAUGAAAACUGUGUUGUACUUGAAGCUCGAAUCUGUUACGAUGUGGCCAGGCUGAUGUAUCUUAACUCUGAAAGGAAGAAGACAGAGCGCAGCAAGAAAUUCUUCCUUGACCUACAGGCCAAGGAACAUAUUACCACCAUGAUCAACCCAAAGCCCUGUGGUCACCUUUGCUGUUGCAUCAUCAAAGGCUGUGAGCAGGAAGAGGCAGUGAGUUACUACACCAAGCUGGAGGGACAACUAAAAGAGGACUACAGGAAGGAGAAAGAGAAGGUCAACAGGAAACCUUUAGGAAUGGCCUUUGUCACCUUUCAAAACGAGUCCAUAACUGCCAUCAUUUUGAAGGACUUUAAUGCUUGCAAGUGUCAGGGCUGUCAGUGUCGUCGGGAGCCCAAGAGCUCUCAGUUCAGUGCCAAGCUACACACACACAACUGGACUGUCAGCUACGCCCCUGAUCCACAAAAUGUCUACUGGGAGCAUCUGUCAGUGGGAGGAUUCUCCUGGUGGAUCCGCUGCUUGAUCAUCAACUGUGUCCUCUUCCUCCUCCUGUUCUUCCUCACCACCCCAGCCAUCAUCAUCUCCACCAUGGACAAGUUCAAUGUUACCAAACCAGUGGAGUACCUAAAUAAUCCGAUCAUCACCCAGUUCUUCCCCACCCUCCUUCUGUGGUCCUUCUCCGCCUUACUUCCCACCAUUGUCUACUACUCUGCCUUCUUCGAAGCCCACUGGACCCGCUCAGGAGAGAACAGGACCACAAUGCACAAAUGCUACACUUUCUUGAUCUUCAUGGUCCUGUUGCUGCCCUCCCUAGGACUCAGCAGUUUGGAUGUUUUCUUCCGUUGGCUUUUUGACAAGAGAUUCUUGGCAGAUGCUAAAGUGAGAUUUGAGUGUGUGUUCCUUCCUGACAAUGGGGCCUUCUUCGUGAACUAUGUCAUUGCAUCUGCAUUCAUUGGAAAUGCCAUGGACCUGCUAAGGAUCCCCGGUCUACUUAUGUACAUGAUCCGCCUCUGCCUGGCUCGCUCUGCAGCUGAGCGGAGGAACGUCAAAAGGCACCAAGCAUAUGAGUUCCAGUUCGGGGCAGCUUAUGCCUGGAUGAUGUGUGUCUUCACUGUGGUUAUGACCUACAGCAUCACCUGCCCAAUCAUCGUCCCUUUUGGGCUGAUGUACAUGCUGCUGAAACACCUAGCAGACAGGUACAACAUGUACUACGCCUAUCUGCCAUCUAAACUGGACAAGAAGAUCCAUUCUGGAGCUGUCAACCAAGUGGUGGCUGCUCCUAUUCUCUGUCUCUUUUGGCUUCUGUUCUUCUCCACUGUUCGCUCGGGGUUUUCAGCUGCAACGUCCAUGUUCACGUUCAUAGUUUUGAUCAUCACAAUCAUUGUCUGCCUCUCUCACGUCUGCUUCGGACAUUUUAAAUAUCUCAGUGCUCACAACUACAAGAUUGACACCCAGGAGAUUGAUGGAUUGGAGAAUGGACCUCCAGUGUGCACUUCUGCCGACAGCAAGGCAGCACAAAUGUACAUUGCUCUAGUACUUCAAGACCCAAAUUCAGAGGAGGCUGGUUCAGGCAGUGGCGAGGACGACGGCCAGGCGUCCUCGCAGGAUGAGGAAAUAAUCAACGUCGAAAACGGCCUGAAUGAGGACUUCCAGUCUGCUGAUGGAUUUGCUCUGGGCGCUGCCGUGGCCACGGGUCAAGUGACAGUGCAAGUCGUAGUAUUUUUUGCCGUGAUUCUACACAAGGCGCCUGCAGCUUUUGGUUUGGUCUCCUUUCUGAUGCAUGCAGGCCUCGAAAAGAAGUACAUUCAGGGACAUUUGCUGGCCUUCUCAGCUGCAUCACCUAUAGUUGCCAUCACAACCUACUUCAUAUUACAUGCGUCUGGCAGUUCAUCUCAGAGCCAGCUCAGUGCAACAGGUGUGGGAAUGCUCUUCUCAGCUGGGACCUUCCUCUACGUGGCCACGGUGCAUGUUCUCCCAGAGAUCAGCGGCGGCGGCGGCGGCAGCGGCACAGGCCAGCCCUCCUCUGACCUCCAGCAGUGCACUGCAGCCGAGGCCCACCAGCAGCGCUACCUGGGGCUCCUGGAGAGCCUAACUCUCAUCCUCGGGGUCGGGCUCCCGAUGGUGCUGGCUCUCGGGCUGCGUGACGACUGAUAAAGGAAUGUCAGGGCUAACGAGUUUAGUAAGAAAUGGCACGGUGCCACCACGCCUCAAAGGAAAAUUGUGAGCACCUGUCUCAUGACUCUAGAUUGUAAACUACCCUGUAUGGCGCAAUGAUGGAGCAGACGAAAUAUGCCUUGACAGAGUUUGCUUUGGUGUGUUCUGAUCUCAGUGAAACUUCCCUUUGUGUCCAACUUUUGUUUUCUUAUCAAAAGAGCUUUGCAGUACGUAUAAAGAAUCUGAUAAUAUAUUGUCCUCAGUGGACUUGAGUUUCCAUUCCCAGAAAACAAAAAGGGUUACCCUGUUGCCAAGGCUCUCCGAGGACAUGGCAUGUUCAGUGAUGGAAUCCAAGUAACUGGAUAGAUUUACAUGAACAACCUAAAAAUUUGAUACUCUCUGUUACCCAAACAAUAAGAGAACUAGGGUGUGAUUUUUUUAUUUCUUCUUAGUUUUAUUUGUAUAAUCAGGAGCUGUAACACAGGUCCAGACUUUCAGUAUAUUAAUGUGCAAUAGUGCAAAUUAUCAUGACAAAUGAUGGGACGUUUUUGUGCAAUUGUGUAUAUAUAGUUUUAUAGUUUUGAAGGUGAGAGUUUUCAUUAGUACAACUGACAUAGCCUGUUGGAUAUCUUCUGGAAUGUGUGUAAGAAUAUGUAGCAACGUCUGUUCGAUGAUAUGUGAGUCAGACGGAAACUGUGAGGCGGCUGACAGUAGGUGCUGAACACAACUGAAAUUGUCAAGUGGGCACUUCCAAUCACAAAUGUCUCACUGAAUUUAUACCCAUGUCUCGUAAAGUCACACUAGUGUUAUCUAAAUUUUGAUGAUACCGAUAUUCUUUAGUGAACGCAGGAGUUUAUAUUAAAUAAAAACACGUCUGCUCAUGUUCUUGUGGCUAUUUGACUGCUUCACGUCUUGCUGUUUUUAGUUUUCACCAUGCGACGCAUAAUUUGACACAGAGGUAAACUGUCUGAUGCUAAUUCAUUUUUAAUUGUCAAAGUGUCAUGUUGCACCUGCCUUUUAUCAACUACCCCAGAGAGCCGGACGUAGAAGAACCAUGCCAGUGUUAAAUACAGAUAUGGAAACAAAAUGUCAAGACAUUUUUCAAAGUGUGAUUUA